AUUAAGUCCUUUUAUAUGUUCAGGCUCAAUAUGUUAAACAAAAGGAGACUUUUUGCUGUAUUUCUGUUUUACCUAACCAUGUUAUUUUAGGAAUGACUACUGGUCCAUCUCAGGCUCCAUACCCGGUAGCUGAAUGGACUGGCUGCAUGAAAAUUUCUUUAGAUACGGAUAUUUUCCCAUAGAAAGGCCAGUACGAAGGAAUUCUUCGUAUAAGUGUAUAGCCCUACUGUAGUUUUGCGUAAUAAAAAUAAUUUAAGUAUAUUUCGAUAAAACACUUUCAAAAACCUUUAAAUGCUAAUGUUAUUCGUACUUAACUAUUUUAGAUUCGGUACAUCAUAAGCUAUUAAGUUGCUUCAUUUAAUUAUGGCAAAGCAUGCGAGGGUUCUCUCCAAACAAAGAAUGCUUUCGUGGAAAAUCUCACAUUGGUCAUAGUCACGUCAUACACAAAGCAUAAAGAAAACCACGAAAACUCCAUGCAAUCAUUCUUUUCACAGAUAAACUGUUAAAUACUCUUCAAAAUUCAGGUAAUUUAUCAUUUUUUUCAUGGACUAAACGAUGUACGAGUAUAUUACUUUACAACUCUAUAUCUCUUUACUGUUUUAAAUUAUCCAAUUAUUUACUUUUUCUAGUUUGAUUUAAUUUUCCAUUCAAAUUUUACUUAUGCAUAAUUUUCUUUAAAUAUUUAUUAAACACGACCGGAUGCAGGUUUAUGCUUUUAUUUAUUCUCAGUGCCAUACAUUUAUCACCGAACAAAAACAGAGAGAAUUUUCUUCUCCAUUUAGAUUACCGUUAUCAGCAGCACUUACCCUCAGCAUUCGGUUUCGCUAGAUCUGGCAGUUUGCCAUUAUACUUAAGAUAAUAUGUCUGAUAUUGAAUUUAAAACCUCGUCCUCCCUUCAAUUUGUCUGUUACCUGUGCUGAAGAUUACCAGCCUUUUGUAUUGCUUAAUUACUUUGAUGAACAACAUACUUUCUCCGACAGCAAAAGUGAGACAUUAACUUUUUACCUUGCUUGGUUUAUUUUCUUUUGUGAAUUUACAAUCUCUGACAGCAUAAGCAAAACUCAUUAUUUUAUUUUAAUGUGCGGUUAGUGCCAGAAGAUAUAUCUGAAACAAAAUGGAUAGCGUCAUCAUCGCAGGUGGUGGUCCAGUUGGGUCUUUCAUGGCUGUACUUUGUUCACUCUUAGAUCUAAGAGUAACUGUUUAUGAAAAACGCGAACAAUUUACCCGAAAUAUAAAUCUCAAAAUAGAGAGUGGUUUUUUUAAUGAAGUACAAAAGGCAGUUUUCCGUUUAGGUAUAGAAAAUGAAUUCUUUGCAAAACUGAAUAAGCAAUUGCAAAACCAAGGGUAUAAGAUUCUUAUAAAAGAUUUAGAAACAAGAUGUGCAGAAGAAGCUAAAUCGCUUGGAGCUGAAUACAUAAGAUAUGAAGUGAACAGUUUUCAAGAAUUAUACGAAAAGCACAGAACUUCAAACCCAAUAAUAUUAGAUUGCACUGGAAGGAACAGCAAACUAAGAAUCAAUGCAUUUGGACUUGACGAACAUAACAUAGUUAGCACUCCCCUUCAGCAUGCUAUGUAUAUCAAUUUCAAAGCCAAAAUGGCUAAUGGUAUAUCUCUGUAUCAAGCUAUGAAAUAUAUCAGUAGUGUAAAACUCACUGAGGUGGUAGUAAGCAAAAACCAAGGAAAUAGUGGACUUACAGAUGUAACAUUACCAGUUUUUAUAAAUGAAGAACUAGCUCGUGAUUUUGAUAGAGACUAUCCAAACAUAAAAAGAGAACCUUUGAAUCCCUUUAAUUGUGCGAGACCAGUGCCUGAUAGCAUUUUCUUUCCAAUAGCUUCUUUGUUGGGAAAUCUUAUAUUAGAUGGCUGUAUUAUUGAUUUAAACAGCGUCAGAGUGAAAAAAAUAGAGAUUAGCUGUGGUUAUGCUAAAAAGAGGAGCAAUAAUAAUUUCAUAUGCCUUGGAGAUUCAGCCAUACAUUUAGCGUUUUUCAAGUCUUUAAAUUUAGGUUUAAAACAUGCUUUAGAACUUUUCAUAAAACUUUCAAUGUUACCUAAAGAAAAUAAAAAUUGCAGUUUUAAAUGUGAUGAUGUAAAACGUGUGGACAUACUUAAGCAAUUCAAAGAAAAUAAUCCACAUCUCAACCCGGAAAAGGUUUACCCUACAGCAGCAAGAAAUGUAUUUUUAGUCGUGACGAGGGUAAUUUGGUAUGGGUGUUUUAGUUACUGUUCGACAAAUCAGAAAACUGAGAGACUAACAAAUCAGUUAGGUAUAAAAGAAAAUCGGAUUAAUGGUAUACUUCAAGAACUUAACCAUAAUUUAACCAAAUGGGAUUACUUAUUAGCAGACUUUGAAGCAAAAAGAGAUGAAGACAUUCAAUAUGAGGUAACCAGUAAUAAAACAAAAAGUAUGUUAUUUGACUAUGCUUCACUCGUUAUAGAUAUAAAUGGCAAAUCUUUUAUUAAAAUUAGCGAACUGGCUCGUAUGGCUACUGGUAAAUUUCCGCUGCUUCAGAGAGAUUUUAAAUUCCUUUUUAGGUACUUCCAAGCUAGGAGAGAAGCUAUAACAGUUAAUAACGGUUCUUUUAUCACUGCUAUAUCCUAUCUGCUGGAUCAGUUUCAAGGUUGCAGUCAAUUAAAAGAACUGUGUGCAGCAGAAAUUUCCAAUGAACAGAAGAGACUGAAAAUUAAUGACAUGAUACGUAAGAAGUUUGCAACAAUGAAGAUCAUAUGGGAAAGCAAGCAGGAUGAAGAUAAUGCUGAUCUUAAUUCCUAUUUUAUUUCAAUUCUUAUAAGAAAUGAAUUUGUUCAAACCCUUAAUUUAACAGACAGCUCUAAUGAAACCAAUUCGACGUUGGACGAUUUUGUUGGAUCUUCCCAUAAAGAUCCUUUUAAAGUGAUAUCGUUAUGCGCCAAAGAUACACUCGAGAAAGGUACUUCUAAAAUAAAAAAGGAAGUUCUAUCAAAUGUACCAUUUCAAACAGACAUUUCUAAUGAAUCCAGUUCCAUUUUGGACGACUUGGUUGGACCUUUUGAUUUAAUGUCAUUCGGUGCAUUAGCUGUCAAAGAUACAGUUAUCAAAAGUACUUCUAAAGUAACAAAGGAAAUUCUUACAAAAGUGCCAAUGCCAACUCAUAAUCAGACAGACUUUUAUAAAGGAUCCUGUUUGAAUGAGGAUAAUUUUUCCGGAUCUACCAAUCAAGAUCCGUUUAGUUUAAUAACUGCAGGUGCAUUAGGUGUCACAAAUACAGUUAUCAAAGGUACUUCUAAUUUAGUAACAACUGGGGCAUCAGGUGUCGCUAAUGCAUUCAUGCAAAGCUCUUCUAAAAUAACAAAAGAAACUGUGACAAAAGCACCACAAAGAGAUAAUUCUAAUCAAUGUGUCUCGAAUAUGGGCUAUUCUGCUGAAUCUCCGCGCUCAGAUCCUUUUAAUGUAAUAGCAGAAGGCGCAUCAGGUGUCAAGAAUACAAUCGGUAAAAGUGCAUCUAAACUACAAAAAGGAAUUUUGACAAAAGUACCUAUACCAGGGAUGAAUAAAAAAUUUAACAUCUUUUAGAAGUACAGAUAGAUCAGUUUACCAGCAUUUCUAAACUGUAUAUAAUGAAAUCAUUUGAGGAUUUAAAGGCAAUUCUUGAAAUCGAAAUUUUGAAUCAAACUGCUUUUACAUUUUAUUAUAAUUAAAAAUCUAGAAGAUCCAGAAAUAAUGUAUCGAGUAUAAAAAGUAAUAUUUAUUUCUAAAAUAUUUUGACAUAUUCAACAUGCAAUGAAGUCCAGUAUACAGAAUUGCGUUGAGAAACAUUUAACAGAAUUCUAUGAAUCGCCAAAACUAACAGAAUGAAAAAGAACGGCUCUAGUGUAGAAUUGGGUGCCCCUUCGAUUAGCAAGAAAUUUUAUUCAGUUUUGGUGAUGAAACCCCAUUUCUGGUUACCGCGAGAGUUUAAACUUUGUUUCAGCUUCUUGAUUUUUUUUAAGUGAAAAUAAAUCGAUGUGUACAUGGACAAAGUUAAGGCAGUGCGCAAUGCCUAGUUUGUACAAUUCCCUGAUUCUUCUUAAAUGAAACACCGAGUUUGUGCAAUUAUUUGACUUUUUAUUUUGGUUUUGUGUAGCAGCCAUCUUGAAAUUAUGCCUUCCUGACGUCAAAAAAGAAUCGCCAAAAAAAAAACAAGGGGCACCCAAUUGUAAACUUUUACCAAAAGAACUUACAUGCAACUUUAAUUAAUGUUGUAUUCUGAAGCUAUUCUACACACAAAAGAUUAAUAUUGUAUUUUGUAGCUAUUCGGCACAUUUAAAAUAGUAUUUACAAAAAAGUGAAAAUUCACUAACCUUAGAUUUGCUUACAUCAAUAAGUACUUUUCUGAAAAUUAAUGCAAAGGACAUAUUGCAUAAAAUUUGAUGAAUUAUUCUCUUCAUUUUUAAUCAUGAGUUCAAUUGCUCGUGCUUGGUCAAAAGCAAACCACUAGUUUUCGAUCCAGUCUUCUUCUAAGCCAUUUGAAAAAUAAAUAAGAUAAAAAAGGAUGAAUGUGAAGCUUUCAGUUGUAAAAUCUUGAAUUUUUAAUUACAUGACUGAAAUAAAAAAUUUUUGUGGAGGAGAAAAUUAGGUUAUAUUUUCUAUAUCUCAAAAUUAUUCUAAUGAAACAACAGCUUAAUAUUUAUUUUUAUAAUAAGCGGGAAGAGUCUAAUUUACUUACUCGAAUUACUAUCAAAUUUCUUUGCUAAUGAAAUAUAACUUUAAAAUGAAAUUUGGGAAAAGAAAUUUAUCUCAAUAAAACAGAACUGUAAUAAAAAAAGGCAACAAUCACUUUUAACCAUACUUUUUCUUCAAAUAUGAAACUAUGUUUAAAAAGAAUAUACGUAUCCUAUUUUCCUAACAUGUUUAUGCCUAUUGAAAUGUAAUUAAUUUUUAUCUUUUUUUAAGUAGGUUUUACAAAAUGCUUUAUGUUGUGUCCAUUUCCAAGAUCAGGAUUUGUUAAACUAUAAUGCAUGAUGAAAAUCUGCAAAUUAGGUGUCUUUAAUAUAUUAUAUUAAUAAAUCUGAAUGUAUAUAAUACAUUACCAUCCCCAAAGUGAUGAAUAUUAGGGUUUUAAACUGUA